AACAAGAACAACGUAAACAAAUUGAAAUUCUUGAAUCUCAAUUAGAACUUAUUAAAAAUGAAGAUCCAAAUAUUUCCAUUUUAAGAGAUCAAAUUGCCGGAUUAAAAGCAUCAGAAGCUGAUUUACGAAGAACUGUUCAAGAUUUAGAAUCUAAAUAUAUCUCUGCUCAAAAAGAAAUAAAAGUCUUUGAAACAGUGAAGGAAGAAGUUGUAUUUUUAAAACAAUUAGAAUCCGAACAAAAGACAACAAUUGAACAACUUCAAUCACAACUUCGUAAAAUUAGAAAUUCAAAAGAAUCUGCUGUUAAAGAACUUCAAUCAAUGAAGGGAGGUUUUAGCCUUCAAAAAGAGCUCGUAGUUUCUUUAGAAGAAGAAUUAAAAACACUUAGGCAGGAUUUAGCAUUUGCAAAAGAGAAUACAAAUUCAUCAUCGGAAGAAUUAGAAAAAAUAUCCAUGUUAUUAAAAGAUACUCAACAACAACGAGAUGAUGCACAAAGACGUGUUAAAGCUCUAGAAAUUGAAGUUGAAACUUAUAAACUUGCAGGUGAAGCUGGUAAUGAAAAUGUGGGAAAUUUACGUGAAGAAUUAAGUAAUGUUAGACUUGAAAUGUCAGCUCAAAAUGAAAUGAUUGUCGAACUUGAAGCUGAAAUGAAUAUUAUCGAAAAGGAACGAGAUGAAAAUGCUAAACGUGUAAAUGAACUGACAACAAUUCUUAAAGAAAGAGAAUCUAAUCAAAAAGAUGCCAUCAAGGAAUUAGAAUCUACUUUAACGAAUUUAGAAACUGAAUUGGUCAUGGCUAAAGAUUCUUCAAAAAUUAACAAAGAAACUAUUUCUACUCUUGAAGAGAAACUUUCAAUCGUUCGUUUACAAUUAAAAGAAGCAAAAGAUUCUGAUGAAAAACGGACUAAUGUAAUCAAGGAAUUGGAAAUUAAAUUUAAUGAAGCGACGAAAAAUUUAUUAGAAAAAGAAAAUAGUCUCAAUAAUCAAGAUAAACUUAUUACUGAACUGGAAUCGUUAAUACAAAAUACUCAAACUGAAUUACAAUCUGUAAAAGUAUCAGAAACUGAAGCUAUUGGACGUAUAAAAGUACUUGAAGCUAAGCUCGCUGAAGCAACAAAGAUACAAGUUAAUACUUUAGCUGCAGAACUUGAAGCAUCAGAAUCUGAGCUCAAUAAAUUUAAAUCUCAAGAAGCCAAACACGUUCAACAUAUUAAAAGUUUGGAAAAUAAACUUCAAGAAGUUCAAAAUCGUCAUCAACAAGAAAUUUCUAAACUUAAACAAGCAGAAGAAGAAAUUUCAUCACUCAGAGAGAAAUGUGCGCAAUUACAAGAAGAGAUUGGUAAUGCUCAUCGUGAUUCUGUCAUUCAGAGCUAUGAAAACAUUGAUAGUAAUAUAGUUGAAGAGCUUACUAGUCAACUUAAAAAAGCUCUAAGUCAAGUUCAAGAACAACAAGAUCGUGUCGCCGAAUUGGAAAAAACUACUAAACAACUUGAAUCCGAGAAGAAAAUACAAUGCGAACGUAAUGAAGACCUUGAAGAUCAAGUUGAACAAUUACAAAAAGAUCUUGAAACAUUAGCUGAAGAAUUUGCAGAAGCCGCUUCUAAAUUUGAAGACGCUGAUGAAUUAUCUAAACAACAAAAGUGUCGUAUUGUAGAAUUGGAAAAUGCUUUACGAGAAGCAAAGAAAAAUUACUCUGAUGACAUGGUUACAGACUUUAAUGGAUCUGAACAUACAAGUCCAUCGCUUGUUAAACUUGCAGCUGCAAAUGAACAAUUGCGUCAGACGAACGAUAAUCUGAAUGCAAAAAUUGCUGAAGCAGAAGAACAAACACAAGUACUAAAUGAUAAAGUUAAAUCCUUAGAAAAUGAACUUACUCGACUUGGAUCAAGUGAUCAAGAAUCCAUAAAAGUAUUAAAAGAUAAGAUAAAAGAACUUGAAAUGGAAAAAAAUGGAUUAGAAGAAGCUAAUGAGGCACUUUUUGAUGAACGUGGAAAACUUGAUCAAAAGAUUGAAUUCUUAAUGCAACAAUUACGAUCUGUGAAUACUGGAGAAAAUAAAACGAGUGCUCAAGUUGCUGAAUUAAACGAACAAAUCGUUAAUUUGGAAAGGGAAAUUUUCGAUUUAAAGAAACAAACUUUAGCUGAUACAAAAGAAAUGGAGAAAGAAAUUACUAGACUUAUAGAGAUCAAUGAUCAGCUUGAAAAUGAAAUCAAGAUGAGCCCCAGAUCCUCCAAGGACAUUGGUUCACCCGAUGAUGAUAUAAGUUCACGUGAACAAUCCAAACUCUCACGUCAAGAAGCCACCAUUGCACAGCAAAAUAAUGUUAUUAAGUCUUUACAAGAUAAAAUUGCGGAACUUGAAGAAUCACGCAAGUUAUUACAAGAAGCAAACAUUGAG